AUGAAUGAAGAAAAUACAGAUGGAACAAGUGGGUGCAGUAAAGUCCGGACUGGUACUCAGAAUGAAGCAGCAUUACUUGCCUUGAUGGAAAAGACUGGUUACAACAUGGUUCAAGAAAAUGGGCAAAGGAAAUUUGGUGGUCCUCCUCCAGGUUGGGAAGGUCCUCCUCCACCUAGAGGCUGUGAAGUUUUUGUAGGAAAAAUACCUCGUGAUAUGUAUGAAGAUGAGCUAGUUCCUGUAUUUGAAAGAGCUGGGAAAAUAUAUGAGUUUCGACUAAUGAUGGAGUUUAGUGGGGAAAAUCGAGGCUAUGCAUUUGUGAUGUACACUACAAAAGAAGAAGCCCAGUCAGCCAUCAGAAUUCUUAAUAAUUAUGAGAUUCGACCAGGAAAGUUUAUUGGUGUGUGUGUAAGCUUGGAUAAUUGCAGAUUAUUUAUUGGAGCUAUUCCCAAGGAAAAGAAGAAGGAAGAAAUUUUGGAUGAAAUGAAGAAAGUUACAGAAGGAGUUAUAGAUGUCAUUGUUUAUCCAAGUGCAAUCGAUAAGACCAAAAAUCGUGGUUUUGCAUUUGUUGAAUAUGAAUCUCACAGAGCUGCAGCUAUGGCUAGGAGAAAACUAAUUCCAGGAACCUUCCAAUUAUGGGGCCAUACCAUUCAGGUAGAUUGGGCUGACCCAGAGAAAGAGGUUGAUGAGGAAACCAUGCAGAGAGUUAAAGUUCUCUAUGUAAGAAAUUUAAUGAUCUCAACUACAGAGGAAACAAUUAAAGCAGAAUUCAAUAAAUUCAAACUUGGUGCAGUUGAACGAGUAAAGAAACUUAGAGAUUAUGCUUUUGUUCACUUCUUCAACCGAGAAGAUGCAAUGACUGCUAUGUCUGUUAUGAAUGGAAAAUGCAUUGAUGGAGCAUUUAUUGAGGUAACACUAGCAAAACCAGUAUCUAAAGAAACCACUUGGAGACAUGCUAAUGGUCAGAUUUGCCCCAGUUCUGAAAACCUGAUUGUGUUUGCUAACAAGGAAGAAAGCCACCCAAAAACUCUAGGCAAGUCACCCACUCUUUCAGUUCGUCUCAAUGGUCAGCAUAGCCCAAGCCCCCCUGAAAUGGAAAGAUGCACUUACCCAUUUUUUCCUGGAACAAAGCUUACCCCAAUUAGUAUGUAUUCUUUAAAAUACAAUCAUUUCAAUUCUGCAGUAAUGCAUUUGGAUUACUACUGCAACAAAAAUAAUUGGGCACCGCCAGAAUAUUACUUAUAUUCAACAACAGGUCAAGAUGGAAAAGUAUUCUUGGUAUAUAAAAUUGUUAUUCCUGCUAUUGCAAAUGGAUCUCAAAGUUAUUUCAUGCCAGACAAACUCUGUACUACAUUAGAAGAUGCAAAGGAACUGGCAGCCCAGUUUACAUUACUCCAUUUGGACUACAAUUUCCAUCGCAGCUCAAUAAAAAGUUUUUCCCCUGUUAGUGCUACCCUCUCUUCUGGAACUCCCAGCAUGCUUCCUUAUACAUCAAGGCCCUAUUCCUAUCCAGGCUACCCCUUGUCACCAACAGUAUCACUUGCUAAUGGCAGCCAUGUUGGACAGCAACUAUGUAUCUCCCAUCAGGCCUCAUUCUUCUGAAGAAAACACUGUAAACAUGAGUAUGAAAGUUUCUUUGUAAAGCAUGCAAAUUACAAUACUGUUUUAUUUUUUAAUCGGGUUUGCACAUUAGGUUUUAACAUGAAAAAUAUAUAUUUAUUUCAACAUAGUAAACAUCGGUCAUAAUUCAGGAUCACUUACAGUUGUAAAACUUAUAAAAAUGGUAAAUUAAAAAAGUUCAGUGGUUUCUCUUGAUAAAGGUAUAACAAACUAUUCUUUUUAAACUUUUGGGAUUUUAAAUACUUGUAAUUUCUGAGUGGGCAAUAGAGUCCAGUAGUUUGUUAAAUUUUUGCAUAAUAACUGCUAAAUAUUGCAUUUCAUGACUAUUAAAGCACUUGCAGACAGUGGUUGCACUAGAUUUGACUGCCAAGGAUCACUAUCUGAAUUAGAGAUUAGAACAGUUAUAUAACCAGAAGCAUCUAUUACACAGAAAGAAAUGAAGGGCAAAAAAGAUUAAGAUGCAAAUUUUAUGCAGUACUAAUGAAAAAAAAAUCUACAUGUGGUCCUUGAAAAUAACUAUAAAUAUUUUAGUUAAUAAUUAUUUGUUACAGAAAUAAAUUAUAAUUUUGCUGUUAAUGUA